AUGUGUUACCAACUUGUGGAGCGUUACUCGGCGUGCAGAUGUCUGUAUUAUCAGCAUGCCAUUGACAGAUGUGCCAGUUACGGAAAACAUGGCGUUGAACAGCGCACUAUAUUUGUCGGCUACAUUUGCAGCACGCAUUGCUCAUCAAAUGAGCCUGAUGAGGCUGAUGAGCUGGAGAUGUCUUCUCAAAUUAUUGUUACCACGAUCGGCGACCUUUUCACCGUGCAACCCCAUGGCAUGAUAUCAAGGUUAUGGCAAUGUCGCUCGGACACCAUUCUUUCUGGUGGCAUCGAUGCUACGGAAGUGAACAUUGUUCGACUCGAGACUGAUAUGGAUGAUAUCCCGACGUCAACAAGCCGUCAACACAUUCCAGCCGGGCAUUCCCAUCUUGAGCUCAAGCCCAAUGAGUGGCAGGCUUCGUCUUCAGCUGCCCCGGGCAUCGCCUCUUUCUCGCACACCUCGGCUUCAACGGAAUGUCAUGCCAAGCCCGCCAUCACCGAAAGAGAGCAGCAAAGCUCAAUUACAUGGCCUCCAAAGAACCACAACAAACUCCACAGCGUGAGGUGUUACGAAGUCCCUGGCACUAUCAACGGCAUCCCGGUCGAGGCGCUACCAGACUGGGGCUCCGCGAUAGAGGCCAUUUCCGAGGCCUUUGCGAGGCAGCAUGGUUUCAGCAUCGACGCCACAGACACCCAAACGAUACGUCUUCCCGGGGGAAAUACAACCGAGAGUGUGGGGCGUACUGUUGGCGACUUCAAGUUCCAUCGCGAAAGCGACGUCUAUCGCUGCGAAUUCCACGUGCUCCGGGACAGCGUGUUUGACUUGGUGUUGGGCAGAGGCUUCCUCGACCUGACAAAAACCCUCACUGAUUUUUCUCACCGCAUUGUUGAGAGGAUUCGUCCUUGUUACCAGAAAGGGAGCCGGCUGUUUCUCAUGGGCGAGUCUCCAAAGGACCGUCUCCAUUGCGUCGUCAACGGCUUUAAAGCGUCAGCUAUACCGGAUACAGGAUCGGAGCUCAUGCUAUGUUCGGGGGACUUCGUUCGCCGCCAUAGGUUCACGGUGUACAAGGGAACAAAAUAUCAAAGACAAAUCGAGCUCAUCGAUGGAUCUACUAUGGGUACCGAUGGCAUGGUUAGAGGGGCCGAGCUGCAAUUUGAGGCACCACCAAUAUCCUCGCCAUCGCUGGACUAUUCUCUGUACCUAUCAUUUAUUACUGGCCUUGAGUCGCUCACUGGCUGCGAGGGAAAGGCGCCACGGCAAGCGACGUUUAUCUGCGACCUAUACGUCAUCGAAGGCCUACCAUGCGACAUCAUCCUCAGCAACGAGUUCAUAUUCCAGUACAGAGUGUUUUCUCGGUUCCAACACCUCUUUUACUCUACACCACCCAACAUUCCACCGAACGAGCAAGCGAGCGUCGACAACAGCCUUCUGUUCAUCAGGAAAAGGAGGUCCGGGCGUCUUUUGCGGCGUCAACCACCUCAAACCGAAACCAACACAAUUCCCCUCCAAGGGGGGUUGUCUUGGGAGGAGCGUUGGGAAGUCGAGGAGGCACGAAGAAACCGGGCGAUGCUGCGGAUCGCGUUUUUACCAGAUCCUCAGAAGACAAUUUACAACUUUGGACCAGAGCUUGAGGAGAACGCAAGUUCCUAG